AUGUUCAUGUUCUACAUGUUCAUGUACUACAUGUUCAUGUACUACAUGUUCAUGUACUACAUGUUCAUGUACUUCAUGUACUACAUGUUCAUGUACUUCAUGUACUACAUGUUCAUGUACUUCAUGUACUACAUGUUCAUGUACUUCAUGUACUACAUGUUCAUGUACUUCAUGUACUACAUGUUCAUGUACUUCAUGUACUACAUGUUCAUGUACUUCAUGUACUACAUGUUCAUGUACUUCAUGUACUACAUGUUCAUGUACUUCAUGUACUACAUGUUCAUGUACUUCAUGUACUACAUGUUCAUGUACUUCAUGUACUACAUGUUCAUGUACUUCAUGUACUACAUGUUCAUGUACUUCAUGUACUACAUGUUCAUGUACUUCAUGUACUACAUGUUCAUGUACUUCAUGUACUACAUGUUCAUGUACUACAUGUUCAUGUACUUCAUGUACUACAUGUUCAUGUACUUCAUGUACUACAUGUUCAUGUACUACAUGUUCAUUUAA